CCCCUUGAAAUCCAAUCAGAGCGUGCAGUGGAAGCCGCAGAUCGUCGAGCUUGGCGUCGCGUUCCAUCGACGUUGAGCCAGCUUCAUCGCCUCUUGUUGAAGUUCUGACUUGCCUUCACGCACAGAGGCCGUCACAAUCAGGGGAUUUAGUUUCGGAUUACACCCCCAAAUUUUGCAAGAAAACGGAAACCGAAGUCGCUCACAAACACGCCAUGUCCCGGCCACUCAGAACCGCUCUUCCAAGGCCGUUGUCCCUCUCACUCGCACCAUCCCGUCGUUUCAUCCCCCUCGCCCAAGUCAGACGAUACUCUUCCCACCAACAACAACAACCGCCAUCAGCAACCGGCGCCUUCUACAAAACCUUCACCCGCCCCGUCGCCAAGUGCGCGCUGCUGGCCGUGCUGGUGUACCAGCUGGUGUACUUUGGCUGGUCCAAGCUGGAGGCGGACGAGAUCAAGCAGGAGCGGCAGGCUGAGAUUGUCAAGCUUGAGGCGCAAGUCCGGGCCUUGCAGGCUGCGAGGGAGGCGGAGGAGGCUGCUGCUGCUGCUGCUGCGAGCGCGGCUGGCGAUGGUCGGGGGGAGGCGAAGGGGAGCGGGUGGUCGUGGUGGCGAUGGAAGUAGGGUGGUCGGUGAACGGAGAGUGGGGUAGCGUCGAUGAGGAACAGGUGGCUGGUGGUUUGGAGUUGUGUCGUUAUACCAGCCGCCGGGCGGCAAG